CAUAACGGCGUCUACUCUAGCAAUGUCUACGCGGUUGCCAUAGUGACACAGAAACUGUUAGCUAAGGCUAAUCUUUGUGCUCUUGUGUUGAAAACUGAAGGGAAAAUAAACAUUUGGACAUUUUUUCGAAGAAAACGCUGUUUUGGGAUAGAGGAUGUCUUCAGCCCCCAUUCAGAUUCCUGCAGCAGCAGCUGAAGUGGAGACGUACGUAGACCACGCAGCUGAACUGGAGGAGAUCAAAGGACUGUCUUCAUUUGAGGUGGGACAGAGACCGGUGCCAUUAGGGGCGACGAUGCCCAGGACCAGCGUCGAUACAAAGAAUUCAUGGACUAAAAAUGAGCUGAUUGAUCAGAUUGAGCAACUGAACAAAAAGCUGGAGCAGGAGAAGAUAAAUCACAAAGAAUCCAUGAAGUUCCUGCAAAACCAGCGUGAGGAACUCCAGCAGGAGCUGAACAAGUUGCAUCUGGAAACUGAGAAGAUCCUGCAGGAGAUGCAGGAUCAGUUCUACAGCCUGAGCCGCAAAACCACACAAACCAUCGACAUACGGAUGGAGACGAUGAGGAAGUUUAAUGAGAUGAAGAAGGUGGUGUUGGAGGACAGGAAGGAGCAGGAAAAGCAGCGUCAGCUGGAAGCAGAAGCCAGAGCUGCAACCACGCUGCAGACCUGGUGGAGAAGCUGCAUGAUCCGCCGACGACUAGGAGCUUAUAAAAUAUCAAAGGACAAGAAAGUCAAGAAGAAGAAAGGAAAUGAAGAAAAGGGGAAAAAGAAGGCAGGAGAUCAGAAGAAAGGAAAGAAGAAAUGACUUGUUUUAUUUUA